UUUUGACAAUACGUGCUGAAGGCACAAAUUCUUGCGGUUGACUUUUUCAUUGCGGUGUGCAACAUAUUUCUAAAAAAGCUAAUAUAUUCAAUGAAAUUAUAAUUUAUAAUUCACUAUAUGUAUAACAUAAUUAUUUCUAUAAAAAAUAAAACUGAAUAGUUUAAUUAUGUCUGCAAUUACGCGUUUGUUGACAAAAAAUUUACGUAAUUCUAAUGGGAGUGUUGUACAGAUUCGUCAGCUGAGUGCACAGCAAGAAUCAGAUCAAGAGCUUCACGAUGAAGAAUUUCGUGUUCUUAACCUGCGUGAGAUUAAAAAACCCGUACAGAAGAAACGAGUUGUAAAGAAACAAGAACAGCAACCACCGCGUACAACAAAAAUGGCAAUUGACCAAGAUUGGACAGCUGUAUGGCCAGGUCCACGCUCCUUCCAUCCGGCAUCUGUACCGUUACCGUUAAGACAAGGUUACGCUUUAAAAGGAGCAGCAUCACCAUCAAAAUAUGCCAAUGCUGAGCUAAUGAAGAUACCAAAUUUUUUGCAUUUAACACCACCAGCCAUAAAACAACAAUGUGAAGCAUUAAAGAAAUUUUGUACACCUUGGCCGAAAGGACUGGAAACAGAAGAAAAAUGUAGAAAGCAUUUUCCAAUCGAAGUUAUACAUACAGAUUAUUGCCAUGGUUUGCCAACAAUACGUCAUCCCGAGGCACGACGUGUAACACUAAAAAUUAGUCUUAGUGAUUUAAAAUUCGAUUCACAUGCAAGGGAUAAAUUUUUACGAUUAGUUGGAGAGCGUUAUGACCGUGAAACAGAUACUCUAACUAUUGUGGCAGAUCGUUGUCCGUUACGAAAGCAAAAUUAUGAUUAUGCUAUAUAUUUAUUGACAGCUUGUUAUCAUGAAUCAUUUAUAACAGAACCAUGGGAAGCAACUAAAGUGGAAGCUGAUAUGGAAUUAUAUCAUUUUAAUCGCAAUGUGUCUAAAGUAUCUGCUGAGGCCAUUUUGAAUUGGGGCAAUAACGAUGAUGCCAAUAAGGUAAAUGCAAGUGAAUCCUUUGGCAAAUGCGUGGAGGAUCUUAUCAAUGAUGGUGAAAACGAGUAUAGUUUAGGUAAAUACAAAGAAGAAGUUAUCAAACUUCUAGGUUUAAAUAAGAACUAGAAAAUGAUAGGCUUUUAGUUCAUUGUUAUCAAGUCGCAUCGAUUGAAAAAGUUUUAAUUAAAAUGUUU